CGUUACUGUUAUCUUCAUGGGUCUUGCCCAUGAAACCUUUAGGAUAUCUUCAUUUUGUAAAGAUUUAUUUUCCCUAACUGUUGACUUGUCAUUAUGCAUCCAAUGCGUGUCUUGUUCCAAUAUGCUCUCUCCAUGGCCUCGCUGUCACUACAGUGGAGGGGAUUGGUAGUACGAAAACGAGGCUACACCCAGUUCAGGUAUGGUAAUGUCAAUGUCCACGUUACUAAGGAAUAAGCCAAAGCCAAAAGAGGAGGAAGUGGAAAACAUAUUUCAAGGAAACCUUUGCAGAUGCACCGGCUACAGACCUAUCCUUGAAGGGUUCAAAACAUUCAGCAAAGACGAACCCUGUUGCAUGGGAUCCAAAUGUUGCAAAAACCAGACAAGAAACGAAGAACAUGUUCUUGAUGUCGCUGAACCAUGCGACUUUGUGCCCGUCGAUACGACUCAAGAACCAAUAUUCCCCCCUGAAUUAAAAAUUUCGAAUGGGUUUGGGACAAAAUUUCUAACGUUCAAGAGUGAGAGGGUUACCUGGUUACGGCCUGUGUUCUUGAAGGAUCUUCUGGAACUGAAAUCCAAAUAUCCCAAUGCUAGGAUUGUUAUUGGAAACACAGCUGUUGGGUUGGAUACAAAAUACAGAAAAGCACAUGCCCAAGUUAUGAUUGCUGCAACACACGUGCCAGAAUUACAUGAAGUCGCAGUGAGUGACACCGGGAUCCAUAUUGGUGGCGCAGUUACCCUUGCGAGAUUUGGCGAGAUUUUGACUGAAGCCAUCGAGAAUACAACAGAAUACAAAUACAAGGUCUUGGUAGCCAUGCGGGGAAUUGUUACCGGGAUUGCAGGACAUCAAAUUCGUAAUGUAGCCUCUUUGGCUGGAAAUAUUUUGUGGGCACAUCACCAUUCCGACCUCGUUCCUCUCUUGAUGGCUACAGGAUCCACGAUAACCCUGAUAUCGAAAGGGGUGGCCAGAGAAAUGCUUGUUUAGACAACACUUUUUACAUAAGGCGCGGAAAUUGGAAUAUUAAAGCCGAUGAGAUUGUAUUGUCUGUUUUCAUCCCUUUUUCCAAAAAGAAUGAAUUUGUGUUCGGAUACAAGCAGGCACAGCGCAGAGAAAAUGCAGCAGCAAUAGUGAACGCGGGGAUGAG